UUUUGUGAUGACUGAUUCUGAAUGGGUUAUUUUCUGCACUGUUCUAUGACUGCAAGAGAUGAUUCACCCACCUGCUGUGGGCCUUCUAGCUCUACAGGAAAGCCACUCUGCUGCUAAGAGCUCAUGUGCCUUGUCAUUUCUACCCAGUGCCACAGAACAUGUAUGGUGGAACUGAUGUCCUGUUUAUUGGAACUGACCUUCAUCUCCACAGACAUCAAAUUCUGUCCUCAAGGAAGGAUUUGGAAACUACAAUGAAAAGAUGCAUACGCUCAUGGCCAACCUCAACUGUGAUGCCCCCCAUUGACUGAACUCUCCAUGCAAUGCAAGGAGGUGGCCCAUUCUCACUCUCUCUAUACAGAUGGACCAAUCAGUGUUGGUUUAUUGAUAGGACUAUGUCACACCAAGAUGAUACAGUUAAGUAAUCUAAACCCACAGACUAUGCUUAGGAAUUGCACCUUAAUGUGAAAUACGUCUUCCUACAGGGAUCAAGCAUACAUGACUGCUGUUUUGAGGGCAUCCCCAGGGUGGAAAUCAAUGUAAGGGUCAGUGUCCUAGAGCUGAGUGUGUGGCCUCUGGAGCCUGCUUUCUCUGUGCCUUAGGGUCCUGGUAUCACAGUUUGGGGACUAUGGCCCCUCAGGGACUCCUGUUUACAUCAAAGUGGGUAAUUGCUCUCUGAGGGCCACUCCCUAGCAAUCUCAGUGUCCACCCCAAGGGGCAGAACCCACCUUAAGGUCAACAGCAAACGAAAGAGACACAGGGAUCUAAUGUGACCACACUGCGUGUUCUCCGCGACUUGAAGACAUCUUGGGCUUAGAUGAGCACUCAGCAGCUCCCCUUCCAUCAACAGAAACGAUGACAAGCAGUCCUAGUCACACCUGGCCAGACCCUAUAUGAGAUGAUGGCUGUUCUACACCCUGCGUGUCCUUGACCGUACCCAGUGGCUGACUCUCAAAUGGCAAUGAACAACUUCACAUCUGUGGUAGAGUUUGUCCUGCAGGGAUUCUCUGGGGAUCCUGGCUUCCAGGCUUUCUUCUUGGCCUUCUUCUUCCUUUUUUAUAUCCUGGCUCUUGCAGGAAACACCCUCAUCAUCAUGGCCAUCAGCCUGAGCCCGAGUCUUCACACGCCCAUGUACUUCUUCCUUGCAAACCUGGCCCUGCUGGACAUUGUGUGCACAUCCACGGUUCUUCCCAAGCUGUUGGAGGGUCUGGUGGGUAAGGGCAGCCACAUCUCUUAUAAGGGAUGCAUGACCCAGCUUUUCUUCCUAACCUGGUUUCUGGGGGCUGAGCUGCUGCUGCUCACCGCCAUGGCCUAUGACCGCUAUGUGGCCAUCUGCCGCCCACUGCGCUACAGCCUGCUGAUGAGUCGGCCCGUCUGUGUCCUACUCGCGGGCAGUGUGUGGCUCAUCAGCGCAGUCAGCACGUCUGUGCACACUGGCCUGAUGGCACAGCUCAGUUUCUGUGGCCCCAACACAAUUCGUCACUUUUUGUGUGAAAUCCCAACACUGCUACUGCUGUCUUGCAGCCCAACCACCCUCAACAACAUCAUGAUUGUCAUUGCAGAUGUUUAUUUUGGUGUGGUCAACUUCCUGCUGACCAUGAUAUCCUACAGUUUCAUCAUCGCCAGCAUCCUGCGCAUCCGUUCAGCUGAGGGCAAGAGGCGUGCCUUCUCCACCUGCUCUGCCCACCUGGUGGUGGUCACCUUGUAUUACUCCACUGUCAUCUAUACCUAUGUGCAGCCUGGCUCCGGGUCCUCCUUGGAAAAUGGCAAGGUGGUUGCCUUAUUGUACACAGCAGUCAGCCCUACCCUGAACCCCCUCAUUUACUCUCUGAGGAAUAAAGAUGUCAAAGUGGCUCUCAGGAAGGUGUUUCCUUGUGUCUGUUGA